AUGGUCUCCUUCUGGCCAUGGAGAAGCGAUGAUACGUCUCCCGCCUCGUUUGAAAAGACCCUCUCGGCGCUUUCCUCAAAAAUCACCACGACCCAGACGACGCUUGACAAGACUCGCGCCAGCGCCCGUCGCAUCAAACUUCUCCUAGUUCUUUACCUAGGCUUCGCAUACCUUGUUUACGCCAUUAUCCAGCUUGUCGUUGUAAAGUACGGGAACAUGGGCGCCCUGGAGUGGGCAGGCAUGGCCGGCGGCCCUGUCUUUAUUAUCCUCACGCGCAAGCUCAUAGGAGUCUACUUCAAAUUCUACAUCGACUCUCUGAGCAAGCGCCUGAAAAGUCAGCAGGUACAGCGCGCCAAGACAAUACAGAAACUCAAGGAUGCCACAAAGUACGACUCAACCAUGGAAUUGAUCGAAAAGUACGGUGGCGAGAAGAAGAACGAUGGCGCCCGACUCGACAACGAAAACAACAGCAGUAACAACAAAGACGGCAAACAGUCUCAAUUCCACGCCCCGCACACCGACGUCCCGAACCGCACACGUCUUCCUCCUCCACCGACCGCCAAUAUCCAGCCUCGUGCCCCUGUAAAUACUGGGCCUCGCGCUUCUACAUCCUCUUCUCCAGCGUCUAGCACCCUCGAACCAGGGGCAGAAUUCGCUCCCAACGCCUUCUCUCACCCCCCGCCUCCUGCACAACCUCAAGUCGCCUCUUAUACUCCAGGCCCCGCUGAGACACACUGGUACGACCGUGUCUUUGACGUUCUUCUUGGCGAAGACGAGACGCAACCUAAAAACCGCAUCGUGCUUCUCUGUCAAUCGUGCCGGCUCGUCAACGGCCAGGCGCCGCCGGGAACGCGGAGCCUCGCCGAGCUGGGCGUCUGGCGCUGUAUGGGCUGCCAUGCGAUGAAUGGCGCGGUCGACGAGGGCAAGCGAAUUGUCGAUGAAGUACUCGCUUCUUCGCGACAGGAUGUGGGAGACGAUGGAUCGAGUCAGACCGGCGAGGGUAGCAAGGCGGUGGAUGUCACCGGUACUGGAGAGGGUGAAUCUGCUGCAACGGGCGUGGAGAGCCUCGACGGUGCAAAGAGACGCGCCAAGAGCAAAUAG